AACCAGCGUAAAAUACGGAUCCGAAUUGUUUUCCCCUCCAGCUGGGAAAACGCGCUUGGUUGGUCGUUUAGGCGCAACCCAAAACGAUCGUUUUUUCAUUUACACCCGUAAUACACUUGUAAGUAAUUAGUGUCUCCGGGGCUCUGUAUUUUUUCCGGCCGGAUUUCUUUGGUGGCCGGUAAGAUACAACUGUAUCUUUAAUACACGCGGAAAGCUAAAACGGCCAUCCAAGCGGGACCUAAGGGGCGAUAUUAUGUUGGGCCGUUAGACUUACACAUGCUUCAACUCGAGUUACAAGAUGUAAUCCAGGAUUUGUUUUCAAAUUAUUGGCUUCCUGACGAGGCUCUGCAUUUGAAAUCUGGGGUAUUUAUUUCGUUUGAGUAAAAAGCAGCUGAGGCGGAAGCAGCACAAUCACACCCAAAAGAAAUGAAAGAGAAAAUACAAGAGAAACAAAUGCCGACAACGGUGGAUCGACAAAAACAUGAAGAAGCCUUGUGGCCGCUGCAUCCACCAGAGAUCGCCCACCAAGCUCCGAGCCUCCAAAGCACCGUUACCAAUCAACACCUCCAAGAAGGAACAUGACGAUGACGACGUUGCUGCCAAGGGUUUCCCCCGGUACGCGGUGAGGAGAGAGGAAGGGUAGCCCCGACGCCCUCCAGGAAGGUCUGGCGGCACCCUCAUGCACCACCGCGUCGGUGUCGGCCUAGCCAACAGGGAUUUCUCCCGAUCCCAACCUUCACCUCAGGCACUCCGGAGCUCGCCACCAAACAGACCCCUACCCUGCGCCAACCCGGUCACGAAGCUUCCCACGCUGUCUCACCACGGCACCGUGAAGCAUGUCCUGCACAAUGAAGAAGAGGAGCCGGGACUAGGGCAGCAGCACCGUCGGCACGCAGCAGUUGCAAACUUUAGAGAGGAACGCAUGUGAGGUUCAAGUUGAUCCUUCUAAUGUCUAGGCUUCCUACUCUUAUCGGGUGCUCGGCAUUUCUUGUAAACAUUUGGUUAGUGGUAUUUAUCUGUAAAGCUGUGCUCACAACAUUCAAAUUAAGUUAUCUUAGAUCUAUGCUUAUGGAUGCCAUAAUUUGUUCAUAGUUUUAGGUAUUCAAGGGAAGCUUUUUUUUUGUUGAGAGAAAAGGCCCUGUGUCUCAAACUCUCAAUGCAUUGAUAGAAGAAGUUUGUGUGAAAAAGAAGGUGUGGUGAAACUAGACUAGCUACUUGUGGUUGCCCAUUGCAUCAUUACUAGACACUGCGAUUGGGCUAGCCUACGGGCUGACGAACGAUGAUAAGAUAUCAUGCUAUUUUUCCCUCUCUUUCAAAUUAGCUUUACAGUACAUGUUCUCUUCAACAUCGUCACAUUCUGUUGUAAGUUGGCAUAUGGCUGCUAGUCAUAUCUGGGUCGUGGUGAUCCAUCUAUUAUACUUUUUCUACAAUGUUUGUGUCAUAUAAAAUCAUGGAUGGACAUUAUGAAAUCAGUUUCGUAGGGUUUUUCUUUGUAUAUAAGAGCAAUGGUGGGCUAUAUUGUCAGGAUUCUAAGGGAUGCAGUUAAAGUGCCCUGAUGGCAGAAAUGAACAUUGAUCUGGGAGGAUUGGCAGGCAGGCCUACUACUUCACAGGCGGAUCCUUUUCAAAGUGCUUUGUAUGGAGCUGGACCUGGACUCAUCCGAAGUGGACUAGGAGCGUACAGUGAGAAGUUUUUAGGUUCAAGCUCUGACUUUAUGCAAAGCAAUAUCACUCAAUAUUUGUCCAAUCCACAAUAUUACUUUCAAGUGAACAAUCAGUAUGUGAGGAACAAGCUGAAGGUUGUCUUGUUUCCUUUUCUGCAUCGGGGACACUGGACUAGGAUAACUGAGCCAGUGGGAGGAAGGCUGUCGUACAAACCUCCAGUUCAAGACAUCAAUGCUCCAGAUCUGUACAUCCCUCUCAUGGCUUUUGCCACCUACAUUGUAGUUGCUGGAUAUGCCUUGGGUGUUCUUGGAAGGUUUACCCCGGUGGCACUGACUAUACAGUUCACAAAAGGGUUACUCGGUUGGUUUAUGCAAGUCAUCCUCAUUAAAGCUCUACUUUACUCACUUGGAAGUGGUGAAUCGCCGUUGCUUGACAUUGUGGCAUAUGCUGGCUAUGGGUUUGCCGGUACCUCACUUGCGAUGCUUGUCCGCAUCUUCUGGAGCUACUCAUACUAUUUUGUGCUGCCGUGGUUCUGUAUCUGCACUGGAGUGUUCCUGGUUAAGACGAUGAAGAGGGUUCUGCAGGGUGUAUCGAGGACUUAUGAGAGGCAUCCUAGCAGGAACCACUACUUUCUUCUAUUCCUCGUGGCUGCGCAGUUCCCCAUGCUUUUUUGGCUAGGCAACAUCAAGGGCUGAUGUUCCAGUCUUAUCUCAGAACAGGGAUAUUUUUUUCCUUUUUUUUUCUUCAAGGCGGAGGCUAAAACUCGAUCAGAAUAAAGUUUGAGGUUUUGUCUUACUGAUGAACUUUUGUAUAGCCUUGUCUAUAGUUCAGGCUCUUAUUGGAGUGGUAAAUUUCUUGAUAGAGGACCUAAAAAAUAUGCAGUCAAUGUUAUCUUAUUGGCCUGCAAAGGAUGUUGUUACUUUCCAUGAUUUAUGACUAGCUGAAGACAAAUGCAUACAUGAAUUUUGAA